AAUUCAUACACCGUACAUCAUUAGUUACGUCAUUCUCUUAGAGGAUGGUCUUCUAUAUAAGUUUGUGCAAUGGCUUGUCCUGAAGACAACGAAAACAAAACCUAUCCUAUAGUUACUGAGAGAAAACAUAAUGGCUGAUCUCAAUGAAGUCAUUCCGACAAUAGACUUGAAAGGGGUUCCGGAUGAGAAGCUGAACCAGCAGAUACGUGAGGCGAGUGAGAGAUGGGGAUGUUUCAAGGUGAUGAACCAUGGAGUUUCUUCCUCUUUGCUGUCUGAGAUGAAGAAGACUGUUACAGAUCUCCAUGAACGUCCACACGAGGUGAAAAUACGAAACACUGAUGUGAUACUAGCAAGUGGUUACAAGCCUAGAAGUGACUUAAAUCCUCUUUAUGAAUCAUUCGGUCUUUUUGACGUCGCCUCUCCACAAGCGAUCAACACUUUUUGUGACAAACUUGAGGCCUCUGCUGAACAAAGAGAGAUCAUGGUGAAGUAUGGCAAAGUUAUGGAUGGUCUUGCAAAAGAUUUAACAAGGUUGUUAGCAAAGAGUUAUGAAUUAGCGGAUCCCGAUAUAUGUAAAGAAUGGCCGAGCCAGUUUCGGAUUAGCAAAUAUCAUUUCAAUCCUGAAACAGUUGGUAAAAAUGGUUUGAUAAUACACACGGAUCCUGGAUUUUUAACAAUUGUUCACGGUGAUGACAAUGUUGGUGGACUUGAGGCCAUGGACCAUUCUUCAGGAACCUAUUACCCCAUAAACACGUCACCAAACACACUUACUGUCAACCUUGGUGACAUGGCCAAGAUAUGGAGCAAUGGGAGGCUGUGCAAUGUGAAGCAUAGAGUGCAAUGCAAAGAAGCAAAAAUGAGGAUUACCAUCUCCACCUUCCUAUUAAUACCAAUGGAUGAAGUUGUUAAACCUCCAAGUGAAUUUGUGGAUCUUGAACAUCCACGUCUAUACAAGCCUAUCAGCGAUGGAGAACUAAGGAAGAUUAGGCUAAGUAACAACAUGCAUGACGGCGAAUCUUUCCAGUUUAUAACCCUCAAAUAAUUAUAAGACCUUUAUACAAUAAGGCGGUUUGUCAUACAAAUCCAAAUCUAUAUGGGUGCUGUCAUACAAAUCCAAAUCAUGAAGAUGUUUUGUUUUCCCCUAAUAAGAGUUUUUUUUUGCCAAAUUGUUUUCCCCUAAUAAGAGUUACAAAUAAAGAUC